AUGGCAUCGUUCGAGGCGCAGACUCUCUCCUUCGGCGACGGGAGGCGGAUCCACUGCCUCGUGUCCCGGGGCACGAGGCCGCAGGACGGCCUCACGCCCGUUGUCGCGCUGCACGGUCUCGGCGGUUCCUCCGCAUUCUGGACACCCGUGUUCACGGCCAGCCCCGAGCUCGCGAAGCGCGACAUCUACGUUUACGACAUGGACGGGCACGGGCUGAGCCCGUUCUCGGGCCGGUCCGACGGCGGCAUCGCCGCGUACGUCGCCGAUCUUAAGAGUGUGCUUGAGGCGCUGGGACUGCAGAAGGUCGUCCUCGUUGCGCACUCCAUGAACGCGCUCUGCGUGCUGAGCGACGAGCACUGGGCACAAGGCAGUGGGUCGUGGAAAGGAUGGGAGGUGGUGUCGAGUGGCACUGGGCGACCUGCUGACGAUACCCAGACCGUCACCUCCAUUUUCGCGCAGGAGAACCCCUCGUUCGUCGAGCGUCUCGUUCUCCUGCACCCCGUCCGCAACCUGCCCCCCGCCGCGAAGGAGGGCAUGAGCGCGCGUGCCUCGGCCGCCUCAUCCAGCGAGGGCCUCGCCGGCAUUGCGAACGCCGUUGCCUCCGCUGGCGUCGCUUCGGCCUCUCGUUCCAACUCCUCCAUCACCUCCUUCAUCCGUGAUCUUGUCUCGACGACUUCGCCCGAGGGCUACGCCGCCGCGUGCAAGGCGCUCGCUACUGCUCCUGACGUCGACGCGGCCAAGACCCCCGUGCCCGUCUACCUUAUUGGCGGCGCGGAGGACUACCUCGCCGGUCCUGCCCCCGUGCAGGCGUGGGCCAAGGAGACCCAGAACGGGCACAGCGUCAUCCUCCCCCGUGUCGGACACUGGGGCGGGAUCGAGGCACCGCACGCAGUCGCGAACGCGGUGCAGUCUGCGCUCGCGCCAGAGUCCUACGAGCUCUUCGUGGGCACCUUCCGCUCGCCGAAGCUGUACACGAUCCGCUUCGAGCCCGGCUCCAAGAAGCUGAGCCUGCAGACGACGAACGAUGCGCUGAGCGGACACAACUGGCUCGACGUCAGCCGGGACGGCAAGACGCUCUACGCCACUUGCUGGGGCACGGGCGCGGCUCGGGUCACUUGCUACGACAUUGUCCCCCCGGGUAAGGUUGGAUAUCACACCGCGAAGCAGGCCACGACCGCGCCGUCAAAGUACAUGUCGGGCUAUGUCGUCGCGAACGCCAAGGCGAUUUACUCUGCUUGCGGGCCGCAGGUCGACGUCUUUGAGCUCGACGACAAGGGCAAGCUCAAGACAGGCGAGGCGGUGCAGAGCUUUGCGCUCGUGAGCGAGAACGGGCGACACAAGGGUGACAGUGUGCUCGACUUUGGCGGACUGCGACACGGCGGACACUCUGCCGAUCUCUCGCCCGACGGGUCCAAGCUCUACGUCGCCGACAUUGGCCGCAACUGCGUGUGGAUGUACCACGUUGACCCCGCGACGGGACACCUGAAGGAGGCGUCGAAGAACAUCGCGAAGCGGGGCCACGACGGCCCGCGACACGCGUGGCCCCACCCCAAUGGCCGGAUCGUGUACUCUCUCCAGGAGCACAGCAGCUACGUCGACGUCCUCCGGCUGAGUGACGACGACCAGUCGCUCGAGUGGGUCGAGGGCGGCAACAUCCUUCCCCCCUCCGAUGACUGUGGCCUCUACUGGGCCGACGAGGUGCGUCUGUCCCCCGACGCGCGGACGCUGUUCGGCUCGACCCGCGGCCUCAAGCCCGAAACGAAGGGCUGGGUCUCGGCCUGGUCGCUCGACGAGAAUGGCCGCCUCAAGACCGCAGACGAGCAGCCGCAGCACCGGUUCCAGACCCGCACAUCUGGUGGAUGGGCCAAUGCGAUCGCGGUUGCGCCGAAUGCGGGGCCGAGGGGAGAGAGCUACAUCGCCCUCACGGACAGCGAGGAGGGAUUCGUUCAGAUGCUCUCUUACACGGAGAAAGACGGGUUCGAGGUCCUCGAUGAGCUCAAGCUGGGCGAGAAGGGCGAGGAGCACCCCGUGUCCGUCGUUGCUUGGCUCUAG